AUGUCCGGUAACAAGACCUUCAUUGUCGAGCAUCUCGACCCUGAGCUCGAGCAAUGGUCAGCUCUCGAGUACAAGUGUAUCGCUAGAGAGACUGCCGCUUCAGGCUCCCAAUUCUUCCUCACGUCUGUUCCUACCUCGCUCCAACUACCCGAGUCGCUCAAGAAUGUCUCUGAGUUGAAAGUUGAGCACCGAGGUAUCGAGGAAAUCUACGCAGACAAGAAGGACCGCGUCUGCCUGCUUGAUCCUGCAGCAACCAAGGAACUCAGCCCUGAGGACGGCGACAACUUCGAUAUCUUCCUGUUCGGAGGUAUUCUUGGAGACGACCCACCAAGAGAUCGUACCUCAGAACUUCGCAAGAAGGGCUACCAAGGCCGUCGUUUGGGACCCGUACAGAUGACUACCGACACAGCAGUGCGCACCACCAGAAUCGUUGUCCAAGAUCACAUCGAGCUGGAAAACAUCAAAUACGUCGACCACCCCGAGAUCAAAGUCGACGAGCAUGAGAGCACCGAGAUGCCUUUCCGUUAUGUGCUUGACAAGGAUGGCAAGCCCAUCUUCCCUGAUGGCAUGAUCGAUCUAAUCAAGAAGGAUUCUGAGCGUGGUAUUGAUGAUCUUCUGUAG